AUGGGCCCACCUCCAAGUAUUGAACCAACUGUUCGUUGUCAGUGGAAAGGUUGUAGAUUGUUAUUUGGAGAUGAUCACGAUAUGUAUAAACACGUGUUGCUUGUUCAUUUUUGCGAUUCGUAUAAGAAGGAUUUGAAACGUUUGAACAACAAUAGAAUGCCAUUUUCAUCAGAUGACGAAGGUUCGGAUUCAGAACCUACUACCAGCUGUGGAAAAUGCGUUUGUGGAGCAACAAUCAAAAAAGUAAGUUCUUUUGAAAAUAAUUUUGCAUUGCAUUCUUUUCGGAUAAAAAUUACAAAAUUUUGAUAUUUUUUAAAACUCUGAAAUGUUUUCCAUGCAACACUUUCUUUUUUUUUUUAAUUAUGGAUAAAUUAAUUUGAAGAAAAAUAGAAUUUUGCGACAUUUUUUGUCACGAAACAACACGUAAUAAACACAAAAAUAGAGGAGAACCAUUAAUGGGACAUGUAAUCGCUGCAAGACCCAACACACGAAAAAAAUAAUUUCCUCUUUAUUUUAUUAAUUUCGUGUAGUGUCGUCGUGAAUUGCAAUUUUGCGAAAAAAACAUUUCGCGAAAUUUAUGUUUUCUUCAAAUGAAUUUCAGCUACGUUAAGAACAAUUUUUACAUUUUCAGAUUUGA